CCCAACAAAACGAUGUGAGCGCGUGCUGCGCCUCGCGGUCGAGGGGAUGGAUAAGGAACAUCACUUCACGCAACUCUCGAGACGAGUCACGAGAUACAACACAGAGCGGAAGACGGUGGACGUUGGGAGAAGGAUGAGCCGUUGAUUUCGACUUCAAAAUUGUAAAGUAUUAUUGAUGUGGGACACAACUGGACGAGCGGAUAGUUAAUUCGUCCUGGGGACGAGACCGUUGCAAUGCUGCGAGGGACAUUCGUUUCAGUUUUGAUAAAACACGGGAUACGUGUGGACUAACCAUUGAUUCUGCCAAACUUCCACGACGAGUAGCCUACCAUUUAUUGAACACAAACAAAUCCGGAACACUUUACACGACGACCUGUCCUAUCUUGUUUACUUUGGCUGCCCUUGUGUAUGUUUGAUUAGGCUAACCUAUUCAUUUGUCUCGCGGCAACGAAAUAUCGCGCUUUCACUCGAGUGGGCCAGGAGGAACAUUUUCUAGAGCUACUGCUGGCCGUUUGGGUAGAAAGUCAACAUAUAUUUUGAAAUACCAGGUGGCCCCUGCUGGCUGUGACAGACAACCCGGACACUGGAUCUUUGGACCGUCGCUAAAUCUGAAAGUGAACUCCACUCCAAAAACGCCACUUUCCCUAUUUUGAAGGAGCAGAAUUACUGCACGAGGAGUAUGUUGAUGAAAGAAUACCGCAUCUGUAUGCCACUUACAGUGGAGGAGUACCAGAUCGGCCAGCUGUACAUGAUCAGCAAGCACAGCCAUGAGCAGAGUGAGCGUGGCGAGGGCGUGGAGGUGGUCCAGAACCAGCCCUACCUGGACCCUGAGCACGGCCAGGGACAGUUCACAGAGAAGCGGGUCUACCUCAACAACAAGCUGCCCAGCUGGGCCAGAGCCGUUGUCCCCAAAAUCUUCUAUGUGACCGAGAAGGCUUGGAACUACUAUCCAUAUACCAUAACAGAAUACACUUGCUCAUUUCUGCCCAAGUUUUCCAUCCACAUAGAGACCAAGUAUGAGGACAACAAGGGAAGCAACUGCAAAAUCUUUGGCGGUGAGCCAAGGGAGGAGGAGACUGAGGUGUGUUUUGUGGACAUUGCAUAUGAUGAGAUUCCAGAGCGCCACUACAAGGAGUCUGAGGACCUUCGGUACUUCAAGUCUGAGAAGACCAACAGGGGGGUGCUGAAGGAGGGCUGGAUCGAAAGCCAGGAGCCCAUCAUGUGUUCCUACAAGCUGGUCACAGUCAAAUUCGAGGUCUGGGGGCUCCAGACCCGGGUGGAGCAGUUCGUUCACAAGGUAAUCCGAGAUGUCCUGCUUCUUGGACACAAGCAGGCGUUUGCCUGGGUGGAUGAGUGGAUCGACAUGACAACGGAGGAGGUGCGGGAGUACGAGCGUGCCACCCAGGAGGCCACCAACCUCAAGAUCGGCACCUUCCCCCCGGCCAUCUCCAUCAACGACACGCCCCUGCCCUCCAGCGCCCAUGGUCCCAGCAGCGCCCCCACCACGCCCCUCACCACCGAGCCCCCCGACUUCCUGGCCGUGCCCAAGGACCGCCCCAGGAAGAAGUCGGCGCCGGAGACCCUGACCCUGCCCGACCCCGCUCGCAGGAACUCUGGGUUCCGGCUGCCCAGCAUCUUCUCCUGGAACUCCCCCCCACAGCCGGAAUGAGAAUGAGGCCCCCCCACACCCGCUCUGGUGUUGACCCUGCAACCACCAACACCACUGCCACCACCACUACGCUGAGGGCCCUCUGUGUGCCACUCCACAGGGAUGAAGAUGUCCGUCCAGCACGUUUCACUGUGAAUAUGUUUCCCCUUUGCAGCCAGUGACAGUGAGUAGAGAAGACUUCUCGCUGUGUGCUUGGUGGGCCCUCCCUUCUCCAACCCUCCUUCCCUCCCUCCUUCCCUUCCUCCAUCUCUCCCUCUGCCCCUUGUGGUCAUAUCGUACAGUAUUGUGCACUUCUACAAGGGGGUUAUAUCAGUAUAGUUGUAAAGAUCUGAUCUCGUAUGAGCCCUCCCAUCACUUUAAAUUAUUUUCCCAGUGACCAUCCCUCCCACCUCCUUCCCUCCCUCCCUCCUUCCCUCCCUCCCUCUUUCCCUCCCUCCAUCUGUCCCUCUGCCCAUUGUGGUCUCCUUCGCAGAUCAGCUGGUGUCUGAAUACCUUCAGCCGUCUCCACCUAAGUGGGAUUCUAACAGUGUGCUCCUUGGCAGAGGGAGACCUCCUCCACCUCCAACUCCUCUCUAGACAAGGAGUCAGUCGCCCUGAGGGGGAGUUGGGCAAUGUGUACCAAUCGUUUGAAUAUGGUACGCUACAUAUUGGUGCAUAUCGUACAGUAUUGUGCACUUCUACAAGGGGGUUAUAUCAGUAUAGUUGUAAAGAUCUGAUCUCGUAUCAUCCCGCUGACUUCUCAGCCCAGCUCUUGUUUACCAGGAAAGCUUAACGAUUGAUUGAUUGUAAAAAAUAACGAGGAUACUGGCGCUAUAUUUUAUUUCAUGCUUUGCAUGUUUCUACUUCGAAGUUGUUACUUGUGAUCUGAGAUUUCUAUGCGGAUUAUUAGACUGUGGAAAGAUUGCUAAGGCUAUUGACUAUUGAAUUUAUUACAGUAGGGACUUUUUCUCGAAAAAGUGAUGUGAUUGUUUUCGUGUAAAUAUGUAAAGAGCUAUUGAUUUGCCGUUUGUUAAAAAAAGCCUGUUUUCAUGCUGCUAUGAAAUUACUUACGCAUUUUAGAGAAAGGCUUAUGCUCUCACUUUCCUCAAUGUCAUCAAUGGAGUAAAGCCAUGUAUAGUUAAAAUAGCUCUAGGUCACACUACAUAACCGAUGCUUGCAUUCACAUAUUUUGCAAAUAAAUGUAUUUAUGUUAUUCUCUCUAUGACAUCAGUGGAAUAAUUCCUGGAUGUUGGGAUUUAUUUGAUUGUUCGAUUAAUUGGUACAUUGUUAAUUUGUUGUUUUACCAGCAGUUGUUUUUUUCUGACGCAUUAAUCCAUUUCAACCAACACUGUCCUGUUCUUGUUGUGUUUUGU